AUGGAUACAUUUGAAGCAUCAGCAAAUCAUCGUAGUACAUGGUCAAAUUAUCCAACAGAUUGUUAUUCAACUGUUGACUAUUAUCGUCCAUAUGGAACAGCACCCCUUACAUCUCUUCCAUGGGUUGAUACAAGUAAAUACUCCAACUGGCCAUCACAGGCAUCAUCAACAUUUCCUUAUUCAUCAUCUCAUUCUCAACCACCAAAUGCUCAUACAAAUUUUCCUUCAACAAAUACAGGAGCAUCAGCAGUAAAUCCAUCAUCAUUCGGUCAAACAUAUUAUCCACCAACUCCACCAAAAGAUUUUCCACAUGAUACAUUACUUGAUUCAUCAAAUAAACAACAAAAUCAUAAUAUGUCUCCAGCAACAAAUUCAACAGUUUAUCCAUCUCAUCAUAAUUGGGGACAUGUUCUUAAAGAUUCAUCUCUUUUUUGGUCAACUAUGAAAUCAUCACCAGAUUCUCAAGCAAAAAAUUUUAAUUCAAAGAAAAAACCUAGUCAAGCAGAAGGACGGGAAUGUGUUAAUUGUGGAGCUAAAGCAACACCAUUAUGGAGACGUGAUGGUAAUGGAAAUUAUUUAUGUAAUGCUUGUGGACUUUAUCAUAAAAUGAAUGGACAUAAUCGACCAUUGAUUAAACCAAAACGACGUUUAUCAACAGUUAAGAAAACAGGCGUUCAUUGUUCAAAUUGUAAUACGAGUACAACAACAUUAUGGCGUCGAAAUGGACAUGGUGAAAGUGUUUGUAAUGCUUGUGGAUUAUAUUACAAACUUCAUAAGAUAAAUCGUCCAAUUGCAUUAAAAAAAGAAAAUAUUCAAACACGUAAUCGAAAACCAAAUACAAAACGUAAUGAAUCCUGUAGUAGUAAAGAUAAAGAUUCAUUUCCUUAUGGACUUUUAAUGAAGAAUGAAGCAGCAUUUAAUGGUUAUCAUGCUCAAGCAGCUGCAGCUAUGGCAGUUAAUAGUGGAUCAUCAUCACCCUCAUCAUCAGCUGCUUAUGCAGCUGCAGCAGCAUUUCAUCCUUUAUUUUCAACAUCAAUGUUAUCAUCAAUAGGUACAACAGGUACAUCAACAUCAUCUUCAUCAACAUCUUCAUCACCAAUGAAACCAUCCUAUAUGACAAAUCAACAGCAUCAUGGUGGACUUUAUCCUACGUACUUUUGA